UAUUCUUCUUUUAUUGUUCUUCUUCUUCUUCUUCUUUAUCUUCUAUUUCAGAGUCUUCUACUUUUUAUUGUUCUUGUUCUUGUUCUUAUCAUACUUCUUCUUCAACUUGGAAAUAAAUGGAGUACACUCAAAAUACAAAGACUUCUCCCUUCCCUACCGAACAUUGGUGGUCCAAAGACACAGUAGCGGUCAUUACCGGAGCAAACAAAGGCAUAGGUUUCUCCCUUGCCAAGCGCCUUGCACAAUUAGGCUUAACAGUUGUUCUCACCUCUAGAGAUGCCAUCAAAGGCCAAGAAGCAGUUGAAUCUCUCCGAGCUCAAAACCUUCAUGUUGAAUAUUCUCAAUUAGAUGUCUCCAAUCUUCAAUCUAUCUCUUCUUUUGUCUUCUGGCUUUCUAACAAGUUUGGAGGAUUAGAUAUUUUGAUAAAUAAUGCUGCUGUAUCAUUUAAUGAAGUGGAUACUAACUCGGUAGAGUAUGCUGAGACUGUGAUCAAAACCAACUUCUAUGGACCAAAGUUAUUGAUUCAGGCACUUCUUCCCCUCUUCCGGCGAUCCACCACCGCAAGCCGGAUACUGAAUAUAAGUUCCCAACUGGGUCUUUUAAAUAAGGUGAAAAACCCUAAGUUGAGGGAAAUGCUAAGAAAUGAAGAAAACUUGUGUGAAGGGAUGAUAGAUCAAAUGGUGGCCAAUUUUCUUCAAAGUGUUAAGAAUGGAACAUGGAAAGAAGAAGGGUGGCCAGAAAUAUGGACAGACUAUUCAGUAUCAAAGCUUGCUCUUAAUGCUCAUUCAUCAAUAUUAGCAAGGCUUCAUGGAAAUGAUCAUUUUAAGGUCAAUUGUUUUUGCCCUGGCUACACUAGAACAAACAUGACCGGAGGGCGCGGUAGCCGGACGGCCGAUGAGGCCGCUGAGCUCGCCGUUAAUAUAAUUUUGUUGCCUCGUGAUCGACUUCCUAAUGGAAAGUUCUUUAAAUUGUCCACUCCUUUAUUGUUUUCGAAAUUAUAGUUGAUGAUGAUGAUGAUGAAUGAAGUGUGUAUGUCAAGGUUUUCGAAUUGUUAUAUUAUGUUGUUUGUAUUGCAUGAAUUGAUUUCAUAUAAGAAUGAUGUUUGUUGGUGUAUUUAUUUGGUUUAUA